AUGAACUCACAAGUCAGCAUUACUAGUGAUCUGCGCUUUGCUGCGAGCGGGAUCUGCAACCGGGUGUGCUCCCUGGAGAGGGAGCGCAAUGAGCGGGCCUGGCCCGCUAACGUGGAUGUAGCAGCUGUCACGACGCAAGCUAUGCCUCUUGUGUCUGCUGUGAAAGAGGUCCUGACCCAUGGGGAGAAAAGUGCAGCGGAGACAGCGACUCCGACAGUACCGGCUCCGGAGGUGUAUGCAGGGACCGCUGCGGAGAGGAGUUUACGGGGGCAGCAGUCGCCAAAGUGGAGUGAGGUUGUGAAGAGGAGCCGGCGCGCAACAACCGAUGAAGCUAAUGCAGUACGCACGGGACAGGGGAGGAAGCCACGGGCCACUAAGCCUAUCGUUGGCACUGGGACUGUGGGCAGCAUCCGAACCAUACAGACCAAACUGAUCACUUCUUUUGGCCGGAACCAGAGCAGAGAUAACAUCUACAGCAGCCUGUGGCCCCAGGGAUAG